AUGGUGUGCUGGGGGAUGGCAGUUCUGUGUUGGUGGGUCUCUUGUGGGGCUACAGCGGGACAGCUGGUGUGCUCGGUGUUGGAAGAGACAGAAUCCGGAGUCGCUGUAGGCAAUAUCGCCUCGGACUUGAAGCUGUCAGCAACUGUUCUGUCCUUGCGGAACUUUCGCUUCCUUUCCAGCUACAGCGAGCCCUACUUUGGGGUGGAUUUAGUCAGUGGUAGCUUGGUGGUUAGAGAGCCAGCGGACCGUGAGCGGCUGUGCGGGGCCAAAGCUGCUUGCAUGUUGACAUACGAGCUAAUGUUCAAUGACCCGCUGGAGCUACAUAAGAUACGUGUUCACCUCCUGGACACCAAUGACAACUCACCCCUCUUUCCUGCUGGAGACGUGCACCUGCACAUCCCGGAGUUUUUGACAGCAGGAGCCCGGUUCACUCUCCCCACUGCCCAAGAUGCUGAUGAGGGAAGCAACGGGGCGCUAAGUUACAGCCUAAGCUCUAGUCAGCACUUUCGCCUGGAUAUGGGAUCGCGGGUCGAUGGCAGCAAAUAUCCGGAGUUGGUGCUGGAGAAAGUCCUGGAUCGAGAGCAGCGGGACACCCACAUACUAGUGCUCACUGCUCAGGAUGGUGGUCUGCCUGCACGCUCUGGAGAUGCUCAAGUCACCAUCACUGUGGUGGAUACAAACGACAAUGUGCCUGUAUUUGAGUAUUCUGUGUACAGUACCAAGGUUCCAGAGACUGUCCCCAAUGGGACUGUGUUAUUCCACGUUCAAGCCUCGGAUCAGGAUGAAGGAUCCAAUGGGGAUGUAUGGUACUCCUUAAGCAAUAGCACACCAGCAGAGCUGAGGCACCUCUUUCGCAUACAUCCUAAAAGUGGGGAGGUUCAGGUAGCUGCUUCGCUAGGUCCGCCGGACACGUUGUUGGAAGCAUAUGUUGAAGCAAGAGACAAAGGUGCCUUUAGUCUAGCUAGCACUGCUAAGCUGCUUGUAGAGGUGACUGAUGUGAAUGGUCAUGCCCCCCAGGUGGACUUCAUGACUUUCUCCAGCCCGGUACCCGAGGACGCAGCUCCUGGCACAGUGAUUGCUCUCCUUAGUGUAAAGGAUGAGGACCUGGGUUCCAAUGGUAAGGUCACCUGUAGCGUGUCCAGCGAAGGACCCUUUCAGUUGAAAGCUUCCUUCGACAGCUACUACAGAUUGCUGACUGAUGGGCCCCUGGAUCGGGAGCAAGCAAAUGAAUACCAGAUCCUCAUCACUGCUUCAGAUGGUGGCUCGCCCCCACUAAGCACCCGAAGGACACUCACUGUGUCGGUUGCCGAUGUGAACGACAACACACCAAGAUUUCCUCAACCACAACAGGAACUUUUUGUGGCUGAAAACAAUAGCCCUGGAGUUUCGUUAGGCCGUGUGUUUGCUCAGGACCCAGACCUGGGGGAGAAUGGCCUUGUCUUUUAUGAGCUAUUGGAUGUCAUUCCUGAAGGGAUGCCAGUUUCCCCCAGCUUGGUGGCAGUGGAACCAACUAGCGGUGUUAUCACCGCCAGCAUUUCCUUUGACUUUGAACAGCUCAGGGGGCUUCGCUUCCACGUGGAAGGCCGAGAUGGUGGCAGUCCUCCCAGAAGUUCAACGGUGACUGUGAACUUGUUUGUGGUGGACAGGAAUGACAAUGUGCCAAACAUCUUGUUCCCCUUGCCGAGAAAUGGCUCUAUCCCAGUGGAAAGAGUGCCCCUCUCUGCUCGAGCUGGACACCUGGUCACAAAAGUGGUAGCAGAGGAUGCAGACAGUGGUUCCAAUGCGUGGCUCUCCUACCACAUCCCUCGGGCUUCUGACUCUAGUCUUUUCAGCAUUUCAGUCAAUAUGGGAGAGCUUAGGACUGCGCGGUUAGUUUUUCCCACUGACGCGGUUGAACAGAGGGUAGUGGUAGUGGUUCAGGACCACGGAGAGCCACCACUUUCCUCCUCUGUCACUCUGGGUGUGCUAUUGAGCAACUCAGCUCCUCAGGUCCUUCCAGACUUUGAAGAUACCUGGGAACCCAGAGCCCAACUUUCUGCCCGGAACUUGUAUUUGGUAAUAGCCCUGGUCUGCACUUCCUUUUUAUUUCUGGGGUGCUUGCUCUUCUUGGUGUGCAUCAAGUUGUGCCAGAGCCCAGAUUGUUGCUCUCAGAAUAGUUGUCAUUCUCCAGAAAAUACGAGAUGUGAGAGGACAAUGGCUUCUAGUCCUUGGGUGACAUCAACCAUGAUAGAUGUCACUACAGUUGAGAGACUUUCUCAGACAUAUCUCUAUCAAAUCCCUCUGGGAGUUGGCUCUGGUAGUAACAGCUUGCUCUUGCAUGGGAAAUACAAUGCUGAUGAUCUGAGAAAUCUGGCCACUGGUGUGGGACUGAAUUUCCCAAUAUCCUGUGCUCAGAUUCUGAAUAGGAAAGAGGAUCAUACAAAUGUCAGUGCCACGGUAAGCACAUUCUAG